GACAAAGUCCAGUUUUCAACAAUGCUGAAAUCAAAUAACUGCUUAUUUUCUUUGGAAAAUUUGUUUUCUGAAAAACCAGGUGAAGUUGAAAACUACCCAGACAAUGAAAAGUCAUUGGAUUGGUUUCUUCCUCCUGCUCCACUGAUUUCAGAAAUUCCAGACACUCAGGAAUUAGAAGAAGAAAUAGAAAGUUAUAAACUAUUAUGUCAAGAAAAGAGACCAAAAAUGUUAACAUCAAAUUUAAAGAUAACUAAAGAAGAUAGAAAUUAUAUUUCACCAACACAAAAAAUCCAAUUUGUCUUCCCUUCUAAUAAAUAUGAACAAGAUGAUCUAAAUUUAGGAGGGGUAAUUAACAAUGACUUAUCACAUGUUGCUGGCAAGCUGACAUAUAGUUUUUGUCAGAAACGUAAAAAUCAUAUUGGCAGUGAAAUAGCACCUGAGCAAAAUGUUCCUGAUGAUACAAAAUUAGUUAAUUUUGCAGAAGAUAAAGGAGACAGCAUAUCAGCAUUCCGGAAAAGAUUAUUUAAAAUAUCUGAUGAUAUACAUGGAAGUGCUUAUUCCAAUGACAGUGCAAACUUCGACUCUCACAUUGGUUCAGUGAAAAUUGCUCAAACAGAAAUGAACAAAGGGAAAUCAAGGAACUAUAGCAAUAGUAAACAGAAACCUCAAUAUUCUGCAAAUGUGUUUCUAGCAAAUGAUGCUUUUUCUGCUUCUGAAAUUGGAGAAACCAUAUUCAAAUCACCAUCUUUUUCAGUUGCUUCCCAGCCUCAUGACAGUCGAGGGAUCACAGAAAAUGGUUUAGGUUCCUUGAAGGCUGUGACAGAAAUUCCGGCAAAAUUUAGAAGUAUUUUCAAAGAAUUCCCAUAUUUCAACUAUAUACAGUCCAAAGCCUUUGAUGAUCUCCUUUACACAGAUAGGAAUUUUGUGAUUUGUGCUCCAACUGGUUCUGGAAAAACUGUAGUGUUUGAACUAGCUAUAACAAGAUUGUUAGUGGAAGUACCAUUGCCAUGGUCGAAUAUUAAAAUUGUUUACAUGGCACCAAUAAAAGCCCUGUGUAGUCAGCGUUUUGAUGACUGGAAAGAGAAAUUUGGACCAAUAGGACUGAAUUGUAAAGAACUCACUGGAGAUACAGUAAUGGAUGACCUAUUUGAGAUUCAGCAUGCUCAUAUUAUUAUGACAACUCCAGAAAAAUGGGAUAGCAUGACUAGGAAAUGGAGAGAUAACUCUUUGGUCCAGCUGGUUCGACUGUUUCUCAUUGAUGAGGUACAUGUUGUAAAAGACGAAAAUCGUGGUCCAACUCUUGAAGUUGUAGUCAGCAGAAUGAAAACUGUACAGUCUGUAUCUCAGACUUUAAAAAAUAUUAGCACUGUUAUUCCAGUGAGAUUUGUAGCUGUAUCUGCAACAAUUCCAAAUGCUGAGGAUAUUGCAGAAUGGCUUUCAGAUGGUGAAAGACCUGCUGUUUGUCUAAAAAUGGAUGAAAGCCAUAGACCGGUGAAACUUCGGAAAGUGGUCCUUGGAUUUCCCUGCAGUAGUAACCAAACUGAAUUUAAGUUUGAUUUAACCCUGAACUACAAAAUUGCCAGAGUUAUACAAACGUACUCUGAUCAGAAACCAACACUUGUGUUUUGUGCAACAAGGAAAGGUGUACAACAGGCUGCUUCUGUUCUUGUGAAAGAUGCUAAAUUUAUUAUGGCUGUGGAACAGAAACAGAGGUUACAGAAGUGUGCAUAUUCCAUAAGAGAUUCAAAACUGAGAGAUUUCUUAAUACAUGGUGUUGCUUAUCAUCAUGCUGGUAUGGAGCUGUCAGAUAGAAAAGUAGUUGAAGGAGCUUUUACUGUUGGAGAUUUACCAGUUCUUUUUACUACUAGUACUUUAGCUAUGGGCGUAAAUUUGCCUGCUCACCUAGUAGUUAUAAAAUCUACAAUGCAUUAUGCUGGAGGAAUGUUUGAAGAGUACAGUGAAACAGAUAUUCUACAGAUGAUUGGUAGAGCUGGUCGACCUCAAUUUGACACUACAGCUACUGCAGUUAUUAUGACUCGGUUAAGUACAAAAGAGAAGUACAUUCAAAUGUUAGCUUGUAGUGACACUGUAGAAAGCAGUUUGCACAGACAUCUCAUUGAGCAUUUAAAUGCAGAAAUAGUUUUGCAUACCAUCACAGAUGUGAAUAUUGCUUUGGAAUGGAUACGAUCAACCUUGCUUUAUAUCAGAGCCUUGAAAAAUCCAUCUCAUUAUGGUUUUGCAUCUGGAUUGAACAAAGAUGGAAUUGAAGCAAAAUUACAAGAACUAUGUUUGAAGAAUCUGAAUGAUUUAUCAUCCCUGGACUUAAUAAAGAUGGAUGAAGAUGUUAAUUUCAAGCCAACUGAGGCAGGAAGAUUGAUGGCUUGGUAUUAUAUUACGUUUGAGACAGUGAAGAAAUUUUGUACACUCAAUGGAAAAGAAACUUUAUCGGAUCUGGUCACAAUGAUAGCCGGCUGCAAGGAAUUUCUAGAUAUACAGUUAAGAAUAAAUGAAAAGAAAACACUGAAUACUUUGAACAAAGAUCGAAAUCGAAUAACUAUCAGAUUUCCAAUGGAAGGAAGAAUUAAAACAAGAGAAAUGAAAGUAAAUUGUCUUAUUCAGGCCCAGCUAGGAUGCAUUCCCAUACAAGAUUUUGCUUUGACACAAGAUACCUCGAAGAUUUUCAGAAAUGGCUCCCGAAUUACAAGAUGGUUGUCAGAUUUUGUGGCUGCUCAAGAAAAGAAGUUUGCUGUACUAUUGAAUAGUUUGAUUUUAGCUAAAUGUUUUAGGUGUAAACUUUGGGAAAACUCUCUGCAUGUAUCCAAACAGCUGGAAAAAAUUGGUAUAACUUUGUCAAAUGCAAUGGUAAAUGCUGGUUUGAUUUCCUUUAAAAAAAUAGAAGAAACAGAUGCAAGGGAACUUGAACUGAUUCUAAAUAGACAUCCCCCUUUUGGAACCCAGAUAAAAGAAACCGUGAUGUUUCUACCAAAAUAUAAACUUGAAGUGGAACAGAUUGCAAGAUAUAAUGAUACCAUAGCGGAAAUAUUAGUGACCAUUAUAUUAAGAAACUUUGAGCAGCUACAAACUAAAAGAACAGCACCGGAUUCUCACUACGUUACCUUAAUCAUAGGUGAUGCAGAUAAUCAAGUAGUUUAUUUUAAGCACAAAAUUAUGGAUUCUGUUUUGCUAAAAGAUGGAAAUUGGACUAAAAAGAUUGAUGUGAAGAGAGCUCUUAAAUCUGAAGAUCUUAGCAUAAAUCUAAUUAGUUCUGAAUUUGUUGGACUUGAUAUUCAGCAGAAAUUUACAGUCUUUUACUUAGGACCCAAGAGGUUUGGAAAUCAAAUAAUUAUGCAAAGAAAAUCAGAAACAGAGAUUGCCCAUUCUAAAUAUUCAGAUAGAUCUACUGUAGCAGGACCCAAUAAAGGAAUGACUCCUUGCAAAAAACCUGGGAACCGAGACUGCAAUCAUCAUUGUAAAAAUAAACAUACAUGUGGACAUGAGUGCUGUAAAACUGGAGUUGCACAGAAGUCAGAAAUUAAAGAGUCAACAAUUUCUUCGUAUUUAUCUGAUUUAAGAAAUAGGAAUGCUGUUUCAGCACUUCCUCCAGCUAAACGUCUGAGGAUACAAAUGAAUAAAUCUCAAAAUGUGGACCUUAAAGAGUUUGGUUUUACUCCAAAAGCUUCCCUUCCAAGAAUAUCAAGAUCACAAUAUUUAAAUGUACCUGAAUUGCCGAUAAUGGAGCAGUGGGAUCAACAUGAAAUCUGUGGAGAAGUUCAACAAGAACCAUCUGAAUAUCAAGACAAAGAUUUUUCUAGAUGGAACUAUUCUACAACUUCAAAUGAGAAAACCCUUCAAACAGUGUUAUUCAGUGGAAAUCUUAAUGUAUCUGGAAAUCAAAAUUUGACAGAUGCAGAUAAAAGCAACUCUCCAUUUUCAGAAGUUUUGAAUGUGAACUUUGAAUUAGGAGAUGAAGUUUGGGAUGAUUUUGAUGAUGAAAGCUUAAUAGAAGUUACUAGCUUUUCAACUGAUACUGCAAAGACAAAAACGUCAGGCCUUGGAAACACUUUGAGUUCAACUACCUGGGGAAGUAAGCUACUGCUACAAGAGUCAAAGAGCAAAUUCCAAGGAGAAAUGUCAAACAGUUUUGUUUCAUCACAUGAGAAGCCAGAUAUUUAUUUAUCAAAUGCUGCUAUGUCCAAGUUUGGUGCAUCCUCCAUGACAAAACUACCUCAACAAGCUGGAAAUGAAAAUAUUGUCCAUUUACAAGAAAGGAAACAACAAAGUCUGUCACCAGAGAUUGAGAAACUAUGCUUUACUCACUCUGAAAAAAAAUCAAAUUGUUCAAAUUUUAAGAAAGUGGAUGUUUUUAUUAGAAACAGUGAAUGUAAAAAGGAAAUUGAUUUUGGUAGGUAUCAUCCUGAUGAUGAAGCUGAUGAAAUGAAGUCUUUUCUGGGAAUAUUUGAUGGUAUUUUCUAAAACAACCUCCCCCCUGCAAAUACUUCUUAUGUUAAUAAGACAAAGUAUAAAGACACCUAAUCACAAAGUAUGCUUUUUAUUUUUAAAAAGUCAGUCAUGUUUGUUCAGAUUUUCUUAUCUUGAAUUUGAUCAGUUUUGCUGACUUUUCUUGUAAUAAAAUAGAUGGACUUAUUUUCCCAUUAUAUUGUACUCCUUGGAAAACACUUUCACAGUGGCUUUGUUUCAAUAAACUGAUAAUUAAGUUGCACUCAGAAAUAAUUAUUUGGUUAUUAAUUGAAUUUUGGCAAGAACCAAUUUAAAACUUUUGUGUAUUUUCUUAACAAGAAGAAAGGUAUUCUGUGAAAGUAAAAUAAUGCUAAGUUAUCCAGAUAUUAAAAGUAUGGGGAAAAAUGCUAAGUUAGUCACUCUAUUUAUUAUAUGGA